CGCGUCCUAUGUACUACCGUGCAUCUACUACCUCACACCUCACACACACUCACACACACUCACGCACACCAGCAUCUCAAACCCUCGUACCUCGCCUGUUCCCUCCGUCGAUCCUUUUUUAUUGUCUAUCUUUUUCUUCUUAUUCUCUCGCCUGUCUUCAUAUUGCUCUCCAGAGCCCACCCUCUCCCCAGAGCCUGUCUGCCCUACCGAUCUCGAACGACCGUUCAGCCCCCAUCCUCAAACAGAGACCUCUUGACGAAACGCGCACGCAACAGGGCGCAGCACCUUCAUCGAACCUCUAACAUUCCUGCAUCUCCUGCAAUCAGAUCCUCUCCGAGCACGGUCGCCAUUGAACUGGUGCACCACGCUUGAACUGCCGUCGCCUCCCCUCAAGCGUUCGACGCGCAUCUGGCCGGCUCCAUGUCUUUGAUUUGACCUCAUUCUCUCUUGGUUCACCAGCCUGAGACGCUUUCCCCGCCGCAAAUGUUUCGCAAUCGGCGCAACACUCAGAAGCCUGAUGAGGAGUUGUACGCGGCCUUCAAGCAGAACUUCCCCGAGAUAGGGCCUGGGUCGACCUCAGCUCUGCAAGGGGAGGCCGGUGCUGGCCGCCGAUCGUCAACUUUAAGCGAGGCUAUCAUAGAUGAACCGUCGACAUCUCAGCGGUAUGUUUGAGAUUUGUCUUACUUCAACCCACCAGUCUCUUCACUUGGGUCCCCCCCCAAUCUUGUCCAUCGUUGACCCAAUGUCUCCAACUCUACUCCGCUCUGGGCAUGGCGACGACCAUGCCGACAAUGCUGACUAUUUCUCCAGAGCCUUUGAAGGCCAGCAGCCCGAGGUGAAGGAGCAGGAUGCCACUCCCAAACCGUUUUCCGAUGCCUGGAGGUUUACUCCCUCCCUCAUGGAUCCCAAUUCUUAUGCCUUCUCUGCAUUUGCCAACCAGCCUCCGGGGUACUACACUCCCACUCCUGGCGGCUUUGGAACUCUCUACCACCCUCAAGCGGGCGACCUUCACACGCCCGGUAUGGGAAUGAAUACCCCUCUGUCACUACCGCACUCUGUCCAUGGACUCCACGCCCAGGACCAAAUGAUGCACCUCCAACACUUCAACCCUCACCUCCUGCAUCAACCCCAUCCCUUCCAGGAUCCCUUCCAUCCUCAGCAACCUCCUAUUCAUGUCCCUACGCAGCAGCCACAGACAUUUGCGCCACAGCAGUUCCUGCAGCAUCAGGACUCUGGCUAUGUCGCGAUGGACGAGACCCCUCAUAAGACGACCCCGACACAGGCCGAGAUUGGCAUCGAGCAGCAGACCAUGAAUCAAUCCAUGCGACAGUCUAUGUCCGGAAGUGUCGCCAUGACUAGUCUACCUAUGGGAGAGAAGUUUCGAUAUCACACGACAUUGAAUGCUCCAACAGCAAUGGUCCGUCACGCGGAUGAAAUUCCUAUCACGUACCUGAACAAAGGCCAAACCUACACCAUGUCGAUUUGGGACACCACCCCGCCCUUACCGCAGAACGUCCCUCUCAAGUAUCGUACUUAUGUCCGAGUUUCCUUUGAAGACGAACAGCAAAGAGCGCGACCCGGUGCAUGUUGGCAGCUCUGGAAGGAAGGCCGCGGCUCAAACGAAGCCCACCUGCGAGGUGGGAGACUUUUGGCCGUAGAAUUCGUCGACCAAAAUUCGGGUGCGGAUGACGACUUGCGGAAACCCCAACUUCAACUCGAGAAAGCCUCGUUUGAUGGCUUCGCCGUGACGUGGUCUCCAGGUUCCGUCAACGGAAGCCCCGAUUGCUCCAUAUCCGUCCGUUUUAAUUUCUUGUCGACAGACUUCAGCCAUUCUAAAGGGGUCAAAGGCAUACCAGUUCGGCUUUGUGCCAAAACCGAGCUGCUCACCGCUCAGACAAACGCCAGCAACGAGCCCGAGGUGUGCUAUUCCAAGGUCAAGCUUUUCCGGGAUCACGGUGCAGAACGCAAAUUGUCGAAUGACGUCGCACACGUGAAGAAAACAAUCGACAAGCUCAAACAGCAGAUCGCCCAAGCUGAAGCAGGCUUGGGAAGCGCUGGAAAGAGGAGGAGAAGCAGCUCAAUCGCAAAAGCUUCAGCGUCCAAACCUGGAAAAGUUGCGAAACACAAGCGGACUUGGUCUAUCGACUCGGAGGCGGAGGGAGUCAAGUUUACGGCCGAAGAAGACCUCCAAAUGAAGCUGGUCAGUAUGCAAGAUAUGUUUUCUUCGACAAGACCCGUCAGCAUUUUGUUUUUGCGUGGUGAUCCAGAAGACGAUCCAGACCUGCAUCCAGUCAAACUUCCCGGAGACGACCCUGAAGGCAAAGAAAUCGUGCGGACUGGUACCUGGGAGUCAAGACAGAGUGCAUCGGACUCCCCUACGUCCAAUGCUGGUUCACCGUCUUCGAGCUCUGCUUCACAGAACACCCCAAAGAGGAAAUUCUCCGACCUGCAACAGACUGCCAUUUUGGAAGAGGGAGAGAGCGAACACGACCACGAACACGCCGGAGGUCCCUCCGGGUCAAGGCCGGUCAAGAUUCCAAAAACCGAGGCCGAAUCUGUUGUUGGACUGGAUCUUUUUGCUGUUGAUGUGGACAGCAACUAUCGGCCUCCUGUGGAAAGGCCCAUUCGGCCAGUUGCGUGCUUCUACGUGCGCCAAAAAGAUGCCGCUAAAGAAUACUACCGCGCAAUAUACUUGAUGCAGCGCACCGUCAAAGAUCUGGUCAACAACAUUGCAGCGAAAUUCCAGACCGACCCUCAGAGAGUUACUCAGGUCACGCAUGUCAAUUCUCGCGGCCUUCACAUCAUUGUGGACGAGGACGUCGUCAGAGAACUUCCGGAGGGUCAAGAUAUGAUUGUCGAAUUCACGCCACUCGAGACUGAUCGACCGGUGAAACACGAAUUCAUCGCGCCCGCGGCUACAGAAGUGAAGGUCGACAGCGAGCUACCACCUACGGAGUCAUUUGUUUCGGACCCGCUAGAGAUGUGGUUGAACUAUUGAAGAUUUGUACACCAACCCAGGACGCGGAAAUUGCAUGAGAUACCCCUGGCUUUCUUGAUUCUAUUUGUUUUUCAUCACGAACACGACAUAUGUUAUGGCGGUAAAUUGCAGAGGAGAGUUCGGACUUGUCGACAUCGAACGACCUAUCGACUUUAUUUGAUACCCCUUUUAAUGGCGAAAGGCCAUAUCCAAACUCGGUCUCUGGACUGCCGACACCUCCGUUGAGAAUGUACAGUUUGGCAACAACGGAAGAAGGACAGCUUGCGGCCGAUUUCUCCGACAAGGAUCUUUUUGCAACCAAUGUUUCUUUUCUUCUCCUUUCCCUUUUUUAUACUUCAGUACAACGAAGGACGAUUCGAACGAAGGGAUGAUAUACGGGUCCCCGAGCGAGCUCCGACCAUACUUUUCACGAGAAACAUGACUUUUCGAGAUACCCACAUUAUUGGAUUUUUCGUUUGUUGCAAACGAUGAUACCCAAGCGUGACUUCUACUAGAGGUCGUUAUCAAUAUCAAUGUAUCGACCAACUAAUUGAUUACACAAUUCAACUUUGACAUGUCUCGAUUCUUUGCCGACAGGCUGCUUUUCGUGUCGAAUCCACGGCUUGAGAUUCGACAAACAGGGCGAAACUUUUCGCCAGCGCAUACGCAACAAGGGGUUUCUUUCUUUGCCUUGGAGGACGGGAUGGAGGAGCGCCUGCCAGGGACGGUCGGGGAUUGGAGGCUCAGAGGGACAAAUCUAGUGGUUCUCGUUCUGCAGGAACGGUAUCAUGUGGAUUAUUAGCAAGGGGAGACGGAGGAACCAAUAACAACCUUGAAACAAGGGCAGGGGCCAAUGGUUCAACGUUCCGGAGCCGACUCGAAGGCCGGCAAAAGGUGGGGGAAGUGAUGGCCGUCUGAACUGGCUCGCAGGUGGAGACGAGUAUCUGCCAUAGGCAGUGGCAGUGUUUCAGGCAAGAGUGAAGGCCAGAGUGACAGCAAGGACUGCGAAGUUGAACAGCCACAGCAUGGGUUCCGAAGAUAGAAAUCAGCUGACUAGCCGAUCUUUUGUUCGCUUAAGGCCGUGUCUGGAUAUCUGGUGCUUGGAACAUGCAUGAGGCUAGGACCGUCGCAUGCGUGCUCUACGCCAAUGCAAACGCAGUUCUGGCUAUCGACCAGCUCAAGCUAGAAGCGGCUCUGAUCAUCUAGACUCUCCC